AUGGGAAACUCGUGCUGCCUCGGUCGCUUACACGAGUACCGUACAAAACUGUCGGAGAUUGAAUCGCAGGUGAUCGACAACAUUGCCUCGUACGGUCCGAUAUCGGACGUCUUGGGUUUGGACGAGUCUGAGUGCGACAUUGAGCGAUUCGACCUUGCUUUCGAGAAUGGAGACAUCAACGAGUUCGUGGCGCUGUGCGAGUCGACGCAACCGAUUGACAAGUUGGAAGACCGGUUGCAUCCAUGGGCUGCCAACCCUACUACAAUAGGCGCUCUAGCUGCAACGCAAUUGGCGAUAUUUGCCAGCAAAGAACAGCAGCCCGAAUUUAAGGAUGCCAUUCGUGAGGCAUCGGGCAUACCAAUUCUAGUUGAGAUGCUGCGGAGCAACGAGGUGGACCGUGUCCACGUUGCUGUCGUUGCCCUUUCGUUUAUGUCGGCUGGGAAUACCGAAAACUGUGUUGAGAUGUUCCGCGCCGGCGCACUCACGGAGAUGAUCCGUGGCAUGAAAUCGGAUAUCGACGGCAUGCGCGCAGCUUGUGCACAGACAUGUCGCAACAUCUACCAGUUAGAUUUGGAGUAUCGCAGGGUGUUUGUGAAGCAGGGUGGUUUGGUGAAUUUGGUGAACUUGUUGUCACCGUGUGACGACAGGGAUGAGGAGAUGUGCCUCACCCAGCUCGAGGCCAUUUACCACAUCGAGGACUUCAUCAUGGACGGAGUCGAGGAGUUGCCCGAGUUCGUUUCUAUCGUAAAAGUCUCUGGCGCCAGGGAAAAACUCAAAUUACUUGAGAAAGUCCUUGAUAUCUUGAAGGUACUUGCGCUGCACGUUGACCCUGCUGUUGUGCGUGGAGUGGUGCUCCCUGACCUUUUCGAAGAAGGGCAGCAUUUUUUGGCGCUGUUCCUCGGAGAGACCUUCCCACGCAUCAUCGAUGAGUCCGCCAAUUUCAACGUGUUUGAGGACCUGGUUGACGAUGAUGUACGAGCAGUCAAUGGCGCCCCUGGCGAGAUCCUGUAUCAGCCGCUCCGUUUCAUAGACGCUGAGGAACUCUGGGAUGCAGACGCAAACGAAGGUGGUAAGGUUAGGGUUCCUCAUCUGAUCGUGCGUUGUGUUGAUCAUGGUCCGGAUUGCUUUAAUCUUAUCGAAGAGCUCCUGCUGUGA